AUGUUAUAUAGAAAUAGCAUAUUUAGACUAGUUAGACAUUACAGCGCGGAAUUAAACCCUCCCCACAAGCCCGUCAUGGUAGACGAAGUCCUCCAGUACUUAAAACCCGAGAGCGGCGAGACCUGCUUAGACAUGACCUUCGGAGCGGGGGGCCACAGCAGGAAACUGCUCCAAAAAUGUCCCGAUAUAAAGCUACUCGCCUUAGACAGAGACCCGAUCGCCCACCAACACGCCCAAAACUUAUGCGAGGAAUACCCCAAUCGAGUAGUCCCGAUGCUCGGGCGCUUUUCCGAACUCAACGAGCUCCUCAAAGCCAAAGGCAUCGGACCCAACUCCAUCGAUUGCAUCCUCCUAGACUUGGGUUGCUCAUCGAUGCAGUUCGACAACGGAGAGCGAGGAUUCUCCAUAUCCUGCAACGGACCUCUGGACAUGAGAAUGGACGGAAACAGAUUACCAGAUUCCUACACGGCAGCGGACGUGCUCGCCAAGGCAACGGAGGAAGAUUUGUACAAGAUCAUAAAAGUCUACGGGGAGGAGAAGCAGGCCCGCAAGAUAGCCCGGGCGAUCAUCGAGGCCCGGUACCUGUUCAAGCCGCUGACGACCACCGAGGAACUGGCCGAUCUGGUGCGAUCCGUCUGCGACGAAGAGUACCGCUUGGACAAAUUGCAGCGCAAGAGCCACGUGGCGACGAAGACGUUCCAGGCGCUGCGGAUAUUCGUCAACAACGAGCUGAACGAGAUAAAUUACGCGCUCGUUUUGGCGCACUAUUACCUGAAAAUCGGCGGCCGGAUCGUUUCCAUAUCGUUCCAUUCGCUGGAGGAUACCAUCGUGAAGAGACACCUGACGGGGAACGUGCUGGAGAACACGGCGAACGCGCUGCCUUUGAAAUACAACAACUGCUCGAGUUACCUCGAGCAGGGUUUUAUUGAGGGUAUACAGAGGACGAAAUGGAAAAUGUUGCACCAGCACGUGUUGCUUCCUAGGUACGAAGAGGUGGAAGAGAAUCCGAGAAGCAGGUCUGCUAAAUUGCGCGCCGCUGUUAAAAUUAUUUAA